AUGAGUGCUAAAACAAACAUCAAGAAGUAUGGAACAGAUAUUACCAAUGUCCCGGUUUCUAAGCUUCCCAAGAAUCUCAACCGUGUCGGCUUCGUUGUAAUCAACUGCUACAUAGGAACAAGAUAUUCCCUUGGUGAUGGUCCGAUGAAUGAUGGAUAUAACAUGGCCAAAUGUCUCAAAAGAUAUGGCUACCAAGUUUAUUAUCUUCUUGAUUCAAAGAGGCAAGCUUUCCUCGACAAGUUCGACUUCUUCUUAAGAAAUGCCACUGGUGAAUUAGCCUUCUUCUAUGUUGGCCACGGUACAAAUGUUGCUGAUGCUAAUGGAGAUGAAGAUGAUGGCCAAGAUGAAGCUCUUGUCUUCGUAGAUGGUAACAUAGUUGAUGAUGAUCUUCUUGCUUCAUUAGAAGCUAACAAAAACCCUGACAACAAGCUUAUUUUGAUUUCUGACUGCUGCCAUUCAGGAACUGUCUGGGAUUUGCAGUCCAAGAACAUUAACGGAAGAAAGAUUCCAGCAGGAGUUGUUUCCGUUUCUGCUGCAAAUGAUAAACAGACAGCAAAACAAACAGUAGCUGAUAGAGUUGAGCAAGGUAUGUUUACAUACAACCUCAUGAAGGCUCUUAAGACAGAACCAAACAUGUCUGCCUUGGAGUGCAAGAAGAGACUUGCAACAGCCCUUAGAAGAUAUGCACAAACCGUAACAAUUGCUUCAACAACACCAGAAUUACUCAACGAACCACUUUUCAACUUGGUUUGA